GGCCAACAUCACCUGUCUCUCACCUGGUAGGUCGGGGAUCUUAAGUUCACCCGUGAACUUUGUUCAUUCAUGUUCUGAUUUGACGGACCUCACGCGGGCCGGACAGGGACGCCCAAAGGGCCGGAUGUGGCCCGCGGGCCGUAAAAUGACCAGGUCUGCAAUAGAGUAUAAUAACGGGAUGCUGACCUGGACUAAAGGCAGAAGGUGGCAGUAAUGCAACGCUAAGGAUGGCAAGUGCUUUAAAACCCCCGAGGAAGAAGAAACGAGAGGAAGACUGAGAGGAAGAGUAGUUUUUGUUUCCCACUAUUUUGGGUUACUCGGUAUUACCUACAGUUCCUUGAGCCCCUGAAUGCACCACGGAAGAUUCUUUAACAUGGCGGCUCCGGUUCCCGGUAGGUGCGCGUUCUUCGUGGAGAAGAAGAAUCGUUUCUGUAAAAUGAUCGUGGGGCGCGGGAAAAAGUUCUGCGGACAGCAUGCGACCAUGGAAGAGGGAGGCAGCAGGAGGAUCGUCUGUCCCCUGGACCCCAAACACACAGUGACUGAAGACAAACUGGACAAACACCUGAAGAAAUGUAACUCCAGAGAUAAACCCAAACCUGUUUAUUAUGUGGAGAACAUUAAUGCUGGAUCAGCAGAUGGAGACGAGUCAGUGCCACAGGUGAGUCUGUGUGAGCGCAGCAGGACAGAGCUGGAUGCCCUGGUGGACAAGCUGAAGACGGAGAUCAGAGGCCUGCAGUGCGACGUAGGUGACAGCGUUCUGUCUCACCACGUCCUUCAGGACGAACUCAGCAACCCAAAGAACGGAGACUCCGCUCACAAACACCUGAAACAGCAGUCCUCUAUCUUAGGUCACCUGGAGGAGCUGGGGCUGCUGGGAGGGCGGCGAUGCUUCGUGGAGUUUGGAGCAGGUCGAGGGAAACUGUCUCACUGGAUCCAUGAGGCCCUGAAGACCUGCGAGGACCUGCAGCUGCUGCUGGUGGAGCGCUGCUGCACCCGCUUUAAGGUGGACGGGAAACAUCAGGAUGCUGGAGUUCAGUUCCAGAGGCUGCAGGUUGACAUUCAGCAUCUGGAUUUAAGUAAAGUCCCACUGCUCCGACAGAAGAAACCUCCAUUAGUUGGAAUUGGGAAACACCUGUGUGGAGCAGCCACAGAUCUGGCUCUGCGCUGUUUGUUGGAAAGACCAGGGCUCAGAGGGGGCAAGCCUGACCCUGGACCAGCUUCUGACUGUGGUCCUGGCUCUGGUUCUGUACUGGACCCUGGUCUUGGUCCGAUCCUCGGCCUGGCAGUGGCAUUAUGCUGCCACCAUCGCUGUGAGUGGCGACACUACGUUGGACAGCAGUUCUUCCUGCAACGAGGACUUGGAGCUGCAGAAUUUUCAGCUUUUUGUCGAAUGUCCAGCUGGGCCACAUGUGGAGUCAGACCGACCAAUCAGGACUGCCCGCCUCAGAGAAGACACGAUGAAGAGCAUGAACCGGCAGAGGAAGCAGACAGAGUGAAUGGGUUUCUGUCAGCAGCUGAACGCGAGCACGUCGGUCGUCUCUGCAAACUCCUCAUUGACAGCGGCCGACUUGACUUUCUUCAGACCAAAGGAUUCAGUGGCAAACUGACGCAUUACGUUGAUCCUCAGGUCACUCUGGAGAAUGUCUUACUGACCGCUGUACCCUCCGCCGAGUCCUCCACCCCCUCCUGAGGCUCUGACUGCAGCUGAAACAAUUCAACAGCUGAUUGUCAGUUGCUGUUUUGGGUAAUUUUGAGUUUGUUUUCAAAGACUCACUUUAUCCGUGCUGUCAAGUUUUUCCAUGUAUCCAAGUUGCUGUUUUUAACUGAAUCGCUUUGGAUGUUGGACAAAACAAGACACUUAAAAGAUGUCACAUCUGAGUCUGGGACACUGAGUUGACCGUUUUUUCUUUUUUUCUUUUUCUUUUUUUAACUGGUUUCCGACAUUUUCUAGACCAAUUGAUGAAUCUAUUCAAAUGAUUGACAGAUGAUUAUGGAUUAGUUUACAAAGAAAUGAGAAUCAGAGCUAGUGUUCCUAAGAAACUCUUUAUUGUUCGACUGAAGAUGUGGUGGUGUUCAGUCUGAAUGUUCAGCUCCUGCAUCUAAACAUUUGUUUGAAAGCAUAAGUCCAAUCAACAGCUGAUUCUGAUCGUGGCUCUUUUUAAAAACUUUCAUUUAAACCAUCAACUCACACAUAAACAUCUGUUCACAGCUGGAAAUAGUAAAAGAUGUCAGAGGGUGUUGAGACAACAAACACAUCAACUAAUAAAACACUGUUUUUCA